AUACCAUGGGUUGCUGUGGUUGUGGUGGCUGCGGUGGCUGUGGUGGUGGCUGUGGUGGUGGCUGCGGUGGCUGUGGUGGUGGCUGCAGCGGUUGUGGUGGUGGCUGUGGUGGCUGCGGCGGCUGUGGCAGCUGCACCACCUGCAGGUGUUACCGGGUGGGCUGCUGCUCCAGCUGCUGCCCCUGCUGCCGCGGCUGCUGUGGAGGCUGCUGCAGCACGCCCGUGAUCUGCUGCUGCCGCCGCACCUGCAGCUCGUGUGGCUGCGGCUGUGGGAAGGGCUGCUGCCAGCAAAAGUGCUGCUGCCAGAAGCAAUGCUGCUGCUAGGAGGGGCACCUGCCUCUGGAAGAGGUUGCUGGAUCUCCCUUGCCCAUUGUAAGCCACCCCCCACCUUGCCCCGGUUCUCUUUCCAUCACCGGGAGUCACGCAUGUGCUCUCAAGGGCUGUAGAUGUGAUACCCUCCUCUCUGUCACAUCGCAAAUCUGUAAUUUCAAAAUAUUGAGUGAUAUUGAGGUGAACAAGGAAAACCAUGAAAGCAGGGGAGAGCCCAGCUCCUGCAAACAAUUCACGUGAAGAAGUGGAAACUGAAAACAUAGUUACUUUUAUGUUUUUCUGAAAUUCCUUAACACAGACUUCAGUGCCUGCCCUUCUUUUAACUGCACCAUAAAUUACAUGCUGUUUCUACUCCAUUUUCAUAUCCAGCAGUUCCGUACCGCCAAAAAUUAAAUUCAUAGAAUAAUGUACCAUGUAUUGAUGGCUAAAGAUCUCUUUUACCUUUACUUAUUGUCUUGCUAUAAAAGGACCUUUUGUGCUGUAUAAAUUCACCCAAAUUAAAUAAAGAAACC